AGAAGAAGAAUGUGCCGGAAGUGUUCCUCUCUACUGUUAAACCCGUCUUUCAGAUCAGCUGAGACUCAAUUAAAUUAGACGUACACCAGAGCAGAGAUGGAGGCUGUUUUCUUGAGGUUUGACUCGUAUGAUUUCGAGGCUGAUAAGAGGUUUCAGGAUGGACUGAAGGUUUUACACCAGUCCAACAGCAGCACGGACGAAACCAAACUUCUAGACAUGAAACUCGUCUUCUAUAACAGGUUUGUUGAGCCCAUAGACAGAUUCGACUACAAACAGUGGAGCUCUUCUUCUCAUGUGACACGGAUGUGCUGCAGCGUGGAGCAGCCGGGCCAGCAUACACCUUCAGGUUCAGACUCUAGUGUCAGUAAAAACCAAACAGUAAAGACGGAGGCAACAAAGCUUUCAUUUGCUGAGGUGAUGCGACUGGUUCAGGAGGGUAAGGAAGUGCCAGGAGCAAUAAAACUGGACAUAAGGCCAAGCAACCAGAGUCCCACCCCUACUCAGAUGGAAAGGAUACCAAAACCCUGGGAAACAGCAUCCUUGACCAAGUGAUCUUUAACUCUUUGUAGCACCAUGUAAAUAAAUUUGUAUACAUUUUAAAUAAAAAGCUUAUAAAAUU